AUGGCCUCCCUCGCGUUGAUCGUGUUUCUUUCUUUCAUCUUCUUUUUCACUGGAACCCUCGGCAGGAACGUUACAGGGCAGAUCGACGACGCAGACACAGAUAUAAAUCCUUUUCCAUUCUUCGGCCAGUCCGCGCUUGCUCGUAUCGCAUUCUAUCCUCCCAACAACGGAAACUGGAACAGCCAAAACGGAGGGGACACGCCAGAGAAGCAGCCUGAAUCUGUUAAAGCCUUCAAAGGUACCUACACCGGCAACAACAUGGAGUUCGGGGGUAACACCCCAAGGUCAAUCGUCAUCGACUUCUUCGUGACCGAGUGCGACGUCACCCUCGACGGGGCACUGGAGUACCGACUGAGGCAUGCUGCGGGGAGCCGCGACGAUGAUUUCUCCUACCAGGUCCCUCUUAUCACAUACCAGAACCUGUCCCCUAGUUUCCAUCGCUUGGAAAUCAAAGUCCUCCCGUUCACCCAGGAGCGAAAGAACUACGUCAACUUUGAUUACGCCGAAUACACUCGGGGACAGGGCAAUCGCAUGUCAUACGAUGCAGAGGGCGUACCCGCAGAGAGACAACGAGGCGGCGCAGAACUCGCCGCCAUAAUCAGCGGGAGCAUCGGAGGGAGCAUCAUCAUCGCAGCCAUCAUCCUCGUCUUCUACUUCCGCUCUCGAUCGCGCAUGCGCGCAGCCUCGUCCUCCGUCCACUCCAAGGUCGACAUCUCCCGCUCCACCGAUCCCGAGGCAGGAGGCAGCCAAAGUUCAAGUUUCAAAGGAUGGUCAUUCAAACGCGGUUUAAUUUCUUUCGGUCGAAGGCCGGAAACCUCGUCCCAUGCACCGCCCGUCUCCAUCAUCCACGAGACGCCCGGAAACCCGCGGUAUUCAACCACCAGCUCCCUCUCCUCCAAACAGCCUAUGUACCAAGAAUUCGGGAACGCGGAGAACUGGGAGGACCUCACCUCGCUCGCCGCCUCCAACACCAACUCGCCCGCUCAACCCCAGCGGCAUCUUAUCACAUCCUUCGGUACGACGCAAGCUUCAUCAGAAUUGGAGGGCAGAAGGAGGCACUCUGAUAACCGGCUUGAUUCUUUGGGGCUGCAUCUGGCUAAUAUGCGCACGCCCAAGACGCCUGCUGCUGCUACCCCCAAGAGUGAACGAAUGUCCCGUCUGUGGCGGUUGUUAUCCAUCGAAUCCACCAACACGUUGAUCAAGCACACAAGACGUCCACCAGAGCAAGUCUGA